ACCCCAGCACAUAUCAACUAUGCUGCACUACAAGACGACUUAUUAAGCAUCGGUGGUGUUCGAACGUUGCACAGCUUACAUGUAUGGUCAUUGAACAUGGACAAAACUGCUUUAGCUGUUCAUCUGGCUGUCGGUUGGUUUGCAUCAGUUUAUUUGCGAAUACGCUAA